CGAUAAUCCCACAAACAGGAAACAACAGCAGCAGGUUGGUGAACACAUCGGUCACAUCUUUGGCUUUAAUGUAGCCGGAUAACUCAGAUAUAUCUUGGCAGAUCUUUGUGUUUUAUAUCUGGAAAAAUCGCAGUUUUGGAUCGUUUUUAUUUGCAUCGAUUACCGAUUUCUCUGCAGCUGCCAACAUGGUCAACGUACACAAAGGAGUCCUUGUUGAAUGUGACCCUGCUAUGAAACAGUUCCUCCUCUACCUGGAUGAAAAGAUGGCCCUGGGAAAGAAGUUCAUCCUCAAGGACCUUGACGACACACACCUCUUCAUCCUGGCAGAGGUGGUUCACACCCUGCAGGAGAGAGUUGGAGAGUUAAUGGACCAGAAUUCAUUCCCUGUCACGCAAAAAUAACACAAGAACUCUUUCUUCUUGGACUCCGGGCUGUUCGAGAGUUUGUCUUAAAAUGAACUUGGUUUGCAAUGUUUUAACUGCAGACAUUUUUUGUUGCAUUAAUGUGAGAAACAACAACUUUAUAGGUAAAUAAAGACGUUUUGAUGGCUUCA